AUGACAAUUAAUAAUCAAUUACUCGAAACAAAUCAAACAACAGGAUCAAGUCGUAUGAAAUCAGCAUUUCUUCUAUUAUGUAUUGCUUUGUUAAUUGUUUCAAUUACAUUAUAUUUAAACACAAAUAUUACUUGGGAGACAUUACAUACCUACUUAAUAAAUAAUCGUAUUAUAGCCACAUAUCCCUCAGUAAAUGCAACAGAAGAAAUAUCUAAAAUACAUGUGAACCGUCAGUUUGCAAUAUUUGCUUGUUCAAUUCAUUCUUCAGUUCAGUCAUAUUCGUUUUAUACUCCUAUAACAGCGUCAAGUUGGAAUCGAGUUGGUUAUAACGCAAUAGUUAUAUUUGUUGGAGAUUUUACUCUUCCCAAUGUUCUUACAGCUCGUUUGAAAUUAUCACGUGCUUAUUUAAAACACGUUGGUGCUCAUGUUUUAGAUGUACAAUGUAAUGCUUCAUACGCUGUUAAAUUAUCUCAAUUAGUACGUGUAUUUAGUGGGUUUUUACCAGAUUCAAUUGUUCAUGAUGAUGAUUAUAUAUUAACAGGUGAUAGUGAUUUAAUGCCAUUGAAAAUAAAUGGAUAUACACUGACAAAUGGAACAGAUGGAUUUAUUUUUAAUGCUUUAUGUUGUGGUACAUUUAAACGACGUGGGAAAUCAUAUCGAAUGUAUCCAAUGGGUCAUAUCUAUUUGAAAAAGAAAGUUUGGCGAGCAAUGAUAUUGGAAUCAAAACAACGAGCCGAACUUCUUGCAAAUACUGAUGAACAAAAACAAAAAUUAUUAAGUGAAAAUGCAUCAGUAUCAUUUGAAACAGUAAGUAUUUAUGUCAGACAUGAAUUUAAAGACACUUAUGAUAAUAAUAUGGUAAAAGGUGAUUCAGCUUGGUAUAUGGAUCAAGUUCUAUGUUCAAUGUUAUUAGCAGACUAUUGUGAGAAACAUAAAAAUUUUAAAAUUGAUGAACGUGGCCGUCCUCCCCGUCUUGAUCGCAGUCAUGGCAUUAAAUAUUGGAAUCGUGAUAAAUUCGAUGAAUUUGGUGAUGCACAUUUACUACACGAUGCGAUCUUACACGAACCUAAUUGGAUAAUCUUUAAUAGAUUACUUAAAACUUUAUUUAAUGAAACUCUUAUUAAUUUAUUUAAUGAUUAUUACAAACAAUAUAUAAUUGCUAAACAAUAG